AACUAAAGUCGGUCUCCCGAUCCCUUUUUAAAUACUCUGUUCGUCUCUCAUUCCACAUCCCUCAACAAAAUCAGAACUUCCAAGAUUCUUAAAUUUCCUUUUCACCCAUCACAUCUCUUUAAUAACACAUGUAUGAUCUUCCUAUCUUUUUAAAUCCAUAAGUAAGAAAUCACCCGCCAUCAGUUAAUGAUUCUCUUGUACUAUUACUACUUUGCAUCAAUUUUAUUCCUCCUCACCAAUCCCUCUUUCUCCACUCAAUUUAACCCCUCCUCCAUCACCAUGCCUACAAAACGCAACUUCUCUUCUUUUUCUCUCUCCUCAACUCAUAACUCAUCUCCACAACAACAACAAGAAGAAUCAAUCAUGGGUAUUAGUGUGACUUCAAACUCCUUUCCUAAUAACAAGAAAUUGCGAAGGCUUCCCCACGUUUUUAGUAAAUCGUUAGAAUUGCCCUUCGAUUUGGAUGCCGAUGUUCGCGUUGAAGAACACCAUGAUUGUUUCAAAUUUAGUGUCAAAGUUGAUCAUGGUGAGAUUAUUGAUGGUUUUACAGCUCAUGUUGUUGAGGUUCAUCCUGGGAUCACCAAAGUUGUGAUUCGGAGGAGAGAGAAUUUGGCGCAGCUGAUUGUUGACGACCUCCGAUUCCACGUGUGGCAGGUUCGGCUUCCGCCGUGUGCGCGUGCUGAGCUUGCUACGGUGGAUUAUGAUUGUGGCGAGCUGGUUGUGAAGGUGCCUAAGAAUGGAUGUGGUGAGAAUAAUAGCAGGGGUGGUCAUUGUAUGGAUGGUUUUAGGGGAAAUAUGGGAACUCUUGUUCUUGUGCAAUAGUAAUAUUAAAUUUAUACUACAUUACCACUAAGCUUUUUUGGUUAUAUUUUUCAUCCCACCUUAAAUAAAUCUUUUAUUUAUUGGAAUAAAUUUUGA